AAUUACCGAAGAUGCCCGAAGCCGUCGGGACGGACCCGAGUACCUCACGCAAGAUGGCGGAGCUGGAGGAGGUGACUCUGGACGGGAAGCCUCUUCAGGCGCUGCGGGUGACCGACCUGAAGGCCGCACUGGAGCAGCGAGGCCUAGCGAAGAGCGGGCAGAAGAGUGCCCUGGUCAAGCGGCUCAAAGGGGCUCUAAUGCUAGAAAAUUUACAGAAACACUCAACACCCCAUGCUGCAUUCCAGCCAAAUUCCCAGAUUGGUGAGGAAAUGAGCCAGAACAGUUUCAUAAAGCAGUAUCUGGAAAAGCAGCAGGAGCUACUUAGGCAGCGUCUGGAACGUGAAGCCCGAGAAGCUGCAGAACUUGAAGAAGCUUCAGCUGAGUCGGAGGACGAGAUGAUCCAUCCUGAGGGAGUGGCUUCCCUGCUGCCUCCUGACUUUCAGAGCAGCCUGGAGAGACCAGAGCUGGAGCUCAGCAGACAUUCGCCCAGAAAAAGCUCCUCUAUUUCUGAAGAGAAAGGUGAAUCUGAUGAUGAUAAACCAAGAAAAGGAGAAAGACGAUCAUCCAGGGUCAGACAGGCAAGAGCAGCUAAACUCUCUGAGUGUAGCCAGAUGGCUGAGGAGGAAGAAGAUCAAGAAACACCUUCCAGAAAUCUGAGGAUCAGAGCAGAUAGAAAUUUGAAAACAGAGGAGGAAGAAGAGGAGGAGGAAGAGGAAGAAGAGGAGGAAGAGGAAGAGGAGGAUGAAGGACAAAAAUCUAGGGAUGCACCAGUCCUGAAACAGUUUGAGGAAGCAGAAGAGGGGGAAGAGUUGCCCAGAGUAAAACCAGAGGAGGUGAUAGAUGAGAGACCCCAAACCGUAAGAUCCCAGGAACAGGAGGGGUUAGAGAGAGGAGGAAGAGUCACAAGGUCCCAGGAAGAAGCCAGAAGAAGUCAUAUGGCCAGACAUCAACAGGAGAAAGAAAUGAAAACAGUUUUUCCUCUUGAGAAAGAAGAAAAGGAAAUAAAAUCUUCAAAAGGCUUGGAGGAAAAAUCAAAGUCUCCUUCCCCUCCUCGACUGACUGAAGAUCUAGAAAAGGCCCCUCUUGUGCUACAACCAGAGCAAAAUGCCGGUGAGGAGGAAACUCCCCCACCUUUACUUACCAAGGAAGCAUCUUCUCCACCACCUACUACACAGCUCCAGAGUGAAGAAGAAAUAGAGCCCAUGGAAGGCCCAGCUCCCCCUGUCCUCACUCAGCUCUCUCCUCCUAAUACAGAUGCUGAGGUCAGGGAGCUGUUAAUAUCUCAGCAUACUGUCCAGCUGGUGGGAGGCCUGUCUCCUUUGUCAAGUCCUGCAGACACCAAAGCAGAAACUCUAGCAGAGCAAGUGCCAGAGGAGAGUGUCCUGCCUCUAGUUCAGAAAAGCACACUAGCUGAAUGCUCAACCCGGAAGGGUCUUGAAACUGAGGCAGAAAAAUCUGCUCAACCACUCCCUCUUAAAAUCGAGGAAUUAGCACCGGCCAAAGGGAUCACCGAGGAAUCUCUGAAACAGCUGUCUUUGGAACAGAAGGAAGGUAGAAGGGCUUCUCAGACCCUUCUCCCAAGCCACAGAUUGAAACAGUCAGCUGACUCCUCCUCAAGCCGGUCCUCCUCUUCAUCCUCCAGUUCUAGAUCAAGAUCUCGCUCUCCUGACAGCUCAGGCUCUCAGUCUCACUCAUCUCCAAGAUCCAAGCAGAGAGAUGUAUCUCGGGCACGUACUCAUACCAACCCUCGUGGCAGAUCCGAGAUGGACUCCCGAUCAACAUCAGAGUCCAGGUCACGUUCCCGUUCCCGUUCCCGUUCUCGUUCAGCUUCAAGCAACAGCAGAAAAGGGAGCCCAAAGAAGUGUGAAGCUGAAGAGGCAGAGCCACCAGCUGCCACACAGCCCCAAACCUCAGAGACCCAGACCGCUCACCUACCAGAAUCAGAAAGGAUUCUUCACACUGUUGAGGAGAAGGAGGAAGUGACCAUGGACACAAGUGAAAACAGACCUGAAAAUGAGGUUCCGGAACCCCCCGUGCCUGUUGCAGACCAAGUCAGCAAUGAUGACCGCCCAGAGGGCAGUGCUGAAGAUGAGGAGAAGAAAGAGAGCUCGCUGCCCAAAUCAUUCAAGAGGAAGAUCUCCGUUGUCUCAGCUACCAAGGGGGUGCCAGCUGGAAACAGUGACACAGAGGGGGGCCAGCCUGGUCGGAAGCGGCGUUGGGGAGCCAGCACAGCCACCACACAGAAGAAACCCUCCAUCAGUAUCACCACUGAGUCACUCAAGAGCCUCAUCCCCGACAUCAAACCCCUGGCGGGGCAGGAGGCUAUUGUGGAUCUUCAUGCUGAUGACUCCCGAAUCUCUGAGGAUGAGACAGAGCGUAAUGGUGAUGACGGAACCCAUGACAAGGGGCUGAAGAUAUGCCGGACUGUCACCCAGGUAGUUCCUGCAGAGGGCCAGGAGAAUGGGCAAAGGGAAGAAGAGGAAGAAGACAAGGAGCCUGAAGCAGAAACCCCCAUCCCUCCGCAGGUUUCAGUAGAGGUGGCCUUGCCCCCGCCUGUGGAGCAUGAAGUAAAGAAAGUGACUUUAGGAGAUACUUUAACUCGACGUUCCAUUAGCCAGCAAAAGUCUGGAGUUUCCAUUACAAUUGAUGACCCAGUCCGAACUGCUCAGGUGCCCUCCCCACCCCGGGGCAAGAUCAGUAACAUCGUCCACAUCUCCAAUUUGGUGCGCCCCUUCACUUUAGGCCAACUAAAGGAAUUGUUGGGCCGGACGGGAACUCUGGUGGAAGAGGCCUUCUGGAUUGACAAGAUCAAAUCUCACUGCUUUGUAACGUACUCAACAGUAGAGGAAGCAGUUGCCACUCGCACAGCUCUGCAUGGGGUCAAAUGGCCCCAGUCCAAUCCCAAAUUCCUUUGUGCAGACUACGCCGAGCAAGAUGAGCUGGAUUAUCACCGGGGCCUCUUGGUGGACCGUCCCUCUGAAACUAAGACAGAGGAGCAGGGGGUACCACGGCCCCUGCACCCCCCGCCCCCACCCCCAACCCAGCCACCACAGCACCCCCGGGCAGAGCAGCGGGAGCAGGAGCGGGCGGUGCGGGAACAGUGGGCAGAGCGGGAACGGGAAAUGGAGCGGCGGGAGCGAACUCGAUCAGAGCGUGAAUGGGAUCGGGACAAAGUUCGAGAAGGGCCCCGUUCCCGAUCACGGUCCCGUGACCGCCGCCGCAAGGAACGUGCGAAGUCUAAAGAAAAGAAGAGUGAGAAGAAAGAGAAAGCUCAGGAGGAACCACCUGCCAAGCUGCUGGAUGACCUUUUCCGUAAGACCAAGGCAGCUCCCUGCAUCUACUGGCUCCCGCUGACUGACAGCCAGAUUGUUCAGAAGGAGGCAGAGCGGGCUGAACGGGCCAAGGAACGGGAGAAGCGGCGAAAGGAGCAAGAAGAGGAAGAGCAAAAGGAGCGGGAGAAGGAAGCAGAACGGGAACGGAACCGACAGCUGGAGCGGGAGAAGCGUCGAGAGCACAGCCGAGAGAGGGACAGGGAGCGAGAGAGGGAAAGGGAGCGUGACAGGGGUGAUCGAGAUCGGGAUAGGGAGAGGGACCGAGAGCGAGGCAGGGAGAGGGACCGCAGAGAUACCAAGCGCCACAGCAGGAGCCGGAGUCGGAGCACACCUGUGCGGGACCGGGGUGGGCGCCGCUAGCCAG